UUCCUUUUCGUCGGUGCCCCUCCCACACGCCUGUCGCCAAGAUCCCGACAGGCCCAGCGGCUAGGAGAGUCACGUGAGGGUGGGCGGAGAAGGUGGAGGUUUGUCUCCGCUGUUUCAUCUCUAUGGCUGUCAGAGGUGGGCGGCUUUGACCGAGGAGCUGCUGGAGCUCGUGCUUGGACGCGAUGUUUCGUCUGAACUCACUUUCUGCUUUGGCAGAACUGGCUGUGGGUUCUCGAUGGUACCAUGGAGGAUCACAGCCCAUCCAGAUCCGGCGAAGACUAAUGAUGGUGGCUUUCCUGGGAGCAUCUGCAGUAACUGCAAGUACUGGUCUUUUGUGGAAGAGGGCCCAUGCAGAAUCUCCACCAUGUGUAGACAACCUAAAAAGUGACAUUGGUGAUAAAGGGAAGAAUAAAGAUGAAGGGGAUGUUUGUAACCAUGAAAAAAAGACUGCAGAUCUUGCGCCUCAUCCAGAAGAGAAAAAGAAGAAACGUUCUGGAUUCAGAGACAGAAAAGUGAUGGAAUAUGAGAAUAGGAUUCGAGCCUACUCCACACCAGACAAAAUCUUCCGAUAUUUUGCCACCUUGAAAGUCAUCAAUGAGCCUGGUGAAGCAGAAGUGUUUAUGACGCCAGAAGAUUUUGUGCGAUCCAUAACACCCAAUGAAAAACAACCAGAGCACUUGGGUCUGGAUCAAUAUAUAAUAAAACGCUUUGAUGGAAAGGAUUUCUGGCAGACAGAGAAAAUUUCCCAGGAACGAGAAAAAUUUGCUGAUGAAGGCAGUAUAUUUUACACCCUUGGAGAAUGUGGGCUCAUAUCCUUUUCAGACUACAUUUUCCUUACAACUGUUCUUUCCACUCCUCAGAGAAAUUUUGAAAUUGCCUUCAAGAUGUUUGAUUUGAAUGGAGAUGGAGAAGUAGAUAUGGAGGAGUUUGAACAGGUUCAGAGCAUCAUUCGCUCCCAAACCAGUAUGGGUAUGCGCCACAGAGAUCGUCCGACUACUGGCAACACCCUCAAGUCUGGCUUGUGUUCAGCCCUCACAACCUACUUUUUUGGAGCUGAUCUGAAGGGAAAGCUGACAAUCAAAAACUUCCUCGAAUUUCAGCGUAAACUUCAGCAUGAUGUUCUGAAGCUCGAGUUUGAACGCCAUGACCCUGUGGAUGGAAGAAUUACUGAGAGGCAGUUUGGUGGCAUGCUACUUGCCUACAGUGGGGUGCAGUCCAAGAAGCUGACCGCCAUGCAGAGGCAGCUCAAGAAGCACUUCAAAGAAGGAAAGGGUCUGACAUUUCAGGAGGUGGAGAACUUCUUUACUUUCCUAAAGAACAUUAAUGAUGUGGACACUGCACUGAGUUUUUACCAUAUGGCUGGAGCAUCUCUUGAUAAAGUGACCAUGCAGCAGGUGGCCAGGACAGUGGCUAAAGUGGAGCUCUCAGACCACGUGUGUGAUGUGGUGUUUGCGCUCUUUGACUGUGAUGGCAAUGGUGAGCUGAGCAAUAAAGAAUUUGUUUCCAUCAUGAAGCAACGGCUGAUGAGAGGCCUGGAAAAGCCUAAAGACAUGGGUUUCACUCGCCUCAUGCAGGCCAUGUGGAAAUGUGCACAGGAAACUGCUUGGGACUUCGCUUUACCCAAACAGUAACCCCACACUGCAAGAGGGGACCUCUCCACCCCCAGUACCCCGGAUCCCCUCCGCAGAGUCCCGGCAGAGCCCUUUGUGCUGCUACUUCUGGAAGUAGUGUCCCUUCCUCCCGGGGAUGACCUCAGGACUCUGUCGAUUUCCCCUUUACCCUUCCUCGUCCCCGUGUUCUGCUGGGCUCUGAUUCUGCCCGAUGAUUAUCCCCAUAGGUUCUCAAAAACAUGAACAAGUCUGAAAAGCUCAGACAUUUGGCAGCCUAAACAGCACUACCCAUUCAAGCACCCGGUGGAUAAAGAAUGCAGGGAACCAUCCACACAGCUGCCAACCCUGGGAAGCAUCCAGUUCUCAAAUCGUUUUUGCUAUGGAUUUAUAUUAACGAGAACAUUCCUUGCUUUCCCUCCUGCUGGUAUUUUAAAGCCACAAGUAGGGAAGAUAUCUGGCAGGCAGAAAGAAGUCUGUGAUGAUAAAUGAGAAUGAGGAUGACCUAGGCACCCUACGCUAGCGUGAGAAGACUGCACCCCAGGAAGGAUCUGUGUUAGUCCCUGGGAUGGCUCCAAGGUCUGCUCUAGGAAGGCAGCAUGCUCAGUGGGAACACAGCAAGAUUCAGAAUUUAAAGUAGUUGCUUCAUGGCUCUCUGCACUCCCUUUUCUUCCUCGCAGCCUCCCUAAGAUGACUCCAGUGUGACUCUGUGCUUAGUGAGCAAUAGUGAUUGAGCUCAUGUUCCCUGCAAGUGCCGCUUCCCCUCCAGGAUGGGCCUCUAAAGCUGAGGCCUGGCUGGGAGCCUGUUUGCCCUCUGUCUUAAACAAACACUUGUAAAAUACCACUUUAAUUAUAACCGUUUGCAAUAAGCAUCCCCAAA